CCCCUCUCCAGAGAGCUACGCGGCGGCGGAGCGCAGGCCUCGUGCCGUAACGGCCAUCCCGGCGGCCGCGGCGGUGUCCCUGUGCCCUCCUCAAGUGACUGGAGCCGGCUGGGCUCGGCAGAGGGAAGGUACUGGAGAUUUAGCCCAGGAGUACUUUACCACCAGCCCUUUUUAUUUUUUAUUUUGCCACAGGGAUUUGCUAAAUUGCUGAGGCUGGGCUGGAACUUGUGAUCCUCCUGCCAAGCUUGGGAUUACAGAUGUGUGCCACUGACCAGCUGGGAGAGAUGCAUCUAACUGGGAACUUGGAAGGGCUGGGCCAGAGAAAUUGAUUGGAGACUGAACCCAAGAACAGGAAUCAUGGCGUCUGCAGUGCUAAAGCUGCUAAAAGAUGGCAGAAGAAGUAGUAGUAGUAGCCAAAUUUGAUUAUGUGGCUCAGCAAGAACAAGAGUUGGACAUCAAGAAGAAUGAGAGAUUAUGGCUUCUGGAUGAUUCUAAAUCCUGGUGGAGAGUUCGAAAUUCCAUGAAUAAAACAGGUUUUGUGCCUUCUAAUUAUGUGGAAAGAAAAAACAGUGCUCGGAAAGCAUCUAUUGUAAAAAACCUGAAGGAUACUUUAGGCAUUGGAAAAGUGAAAAGAAAACCUAGUGUUCCAGAUUCUGCAUCUCCUGCUGAUGAUAGCUUUGUUGACCCAGGGGAACGUCUCUAUGACCUCAGUAUGCCUGCCUAUGUGAAAUUUAACUACAUGGCUGAGAGAGAGGAUGAAUUAUCAUUGAUAAAAGGGACGAAGGUGAUCGUCAUGGAGAAAUGCAGUGAUGGGUGGUGGCGGGGUAGCUACAAUGGACAAAUUGGAUGGUUCCCUUCAAACUAUGUAACUGAAGAAGGUGACAGUCCCUUGGGUGACCAUGUGGGUUCUCUGUCAGAGAAAUUAGCAGCAGUUGUCAAUAACUUAAAUAGUGGGCAAGUGUUGCAUGUGGUACAGGCUCUUUACCCAUUCAGCUCAUCCAAUGAUGAAGAACUUAAUUUUGAGAAAGGUGAUGUAAUGGAUGUUAUUGAAAAACCAGAAAAUGACCCAGAAUGGUGGAAAUGCAGGAAGAUCAAUGGAAUGGUUGGUCUGGUACCAAAAAACUAUGUUACCAUUAUGCAGAAUAAUCCAUUAACCUCAGGUUUGGAGCCAUCACCUCCACAGUGUGAUUACAUUAGGCCUUCACUCACUGGAAAGUUUGCUGGCAAUCCUUGGUAUUAUGGCAAAGUCACCAGGCAUCAAGCAGAAAUGGCAUUAAAUGAAAGAGGGCAUGAAGGGGAUUUCCUCAUUCGUGAUAGUGAAUCUUCGCCAAAUGAUUUCUCAGUAUCACUAAAAGCACAGGGGAAAAACAAGCAUUUUAAAGUCCAACUAAAAGAGACUGUCUACUGCAUUGGGCAGCGUAAAUUCAGCACCAUGGAAGAACUUGUAGAACAUUACAAAAAGGCACCAAUUUUUACAAGUGAACAAGGAGAAAAAUUAUAUCUUGUCAAGCAUUUAUCAUGAUAUUGCUGAUCAAAAUGACUGCUCUACAGCUUUAAUUCAUCAUGUAAUUGAAGACUGAGGAAGUGUCAGUCCAAUCAUGCUUGAUUGGAAAUUGCUGUUUCUAACUCUCGGAAUUGACUAUAAUACAUAAGUAUUUUUAUUAUAACUCAGCCCAUACAUUAUAUACUACGUAUGCAAUGCAUCUGCAUAGAACAGUUCUUAUCCUUGGUCUUCUAUUUUACUUUUUCCUUCUUUGCUGUUUUUCUCUUUGCUUCUAAUAUUAAGGUUUUAUAUUUUGGAGGAAAAAAAGGAGUAAUACAGAUCAGAAGUCUUUAUAUGGAAGAAUUUCUUUAUUCCUAUUACUGAUUUCCUUGUAAAGGCACCCCAUUAAUUCUGCCAUGGUUUCUCUUCAUAUAAAAUUAUAUCUAUAUAUGGCAUAUGCUCAAAUAAAUUUCUUGGAGAGUGUUAA